ACACCAUCUACGAAUGUUUUACAUUUGCUGAGAUGAGGGUGACAACGAACAAACUCAAGAAUCCCAGCAUCUUCCCUACCACCUUUAAAAAAUAUCCAGAAGUUUCUCAGGUGAAAAGAACUUACUGUUUCUUUGGGGCAAAGCCGAAACCCAUUAAAUAAUCAAUACUGUUUUACCUUCCGUACUUCCCUGGGGAAUUGGAUCAGAAGGUCUACCUAACAAGGCAACCACUUCAGUUUGGAUAGUCCUAUUUAAGGAACCCAAACACAGCACAACAAUGCUCUGGGACGUCAGAUGAUGAAUGGACACUGAGGGGAAAACUGGCUAGUCACUGACGAGCCAGAGAACGUGGAGCACACAUUGAAAAGAAGCACAAACAAAAGACCUAAACAGGAAAAAAGAAAAACAUUUUUAUAGUUUUCACAGACAGAUAUUCUCAGAGAAGUAAUAAUGGAGACCAAGGAAAAUAGGUGGCUGCGGGUGACGGUCCUCCCGGGCUGCGUGGGCUGCAGGACCCUGGAGGUGGAGGCGACCCAGACGGUGCGCGACGUCAAGGACCGCAUCGCGGCAGACACGGGCUUCCCGGCGGCGGAGCAGCGGCUGUGGCUGGGCCACAGGGAGUUACCUGACUGGAUCAAACUUGGAGACCUGACUUCUAAAACUUGUCAUCUGUUUGUAAACCUUCAAUCAAAAGGCUUAAAAGGGGGAGGUCGAUUUGGUCAAACAACACCACCACUUGUUGAUUUUCUCAAGGACAUUUUGAGAAGAUACCCAGAAGGAGGACAAAUUCUGAAGGAAUUAAUUCAGAAUGCAGAAGAUGCUGGAGCCACAGAAGUCAAAUUUUUAUAUGAUGAAACUCAGUAUGGAACUGAGACUCUUUGGUCCAAAGACAUGGCACCAUAUCAGGGGGCAGCGCUGUAUGUCUACAAUGACGCCGUGUUCACAGUGGAGGACUGGUGUGGCAUCCAGGAAAUAGCCAGGAGCAGGAAGAGGGACGAUCCUCUGAAGGUUGGGAGAUUCGGAAUCGGCUUUAAUUCCGUCUAUCAUAUAACAGAUGUUCCUUGUAUUUUUAGUGGUGACCAGAUUGGGAUGUUAGAUCCUCACCAGACACUGUUUGGUCUACAUGAAUCCGGUCAGUGUUGGAAUCUCAAGGAUGACAGCAAAGAGAUAAGUGAACUUUCAGACCAGUUUGCACCAUUUGUUGGCAUUUUUGGGAGCACCAAGGAAACAUUCACAAACGGACAUUUUCCAGGAACAUUUUUCCGUUUCCCUCUUCGCCUGCAACCGUCACAGCUGAGCAAUAACCUUUACAAUAAGCAGAAGGUUCUGGAGCUGUUUGAGUCAUUCCGGGCAGACGCAGACACGGUACUGCUCUUCCUAAAAAGUGUGCAGGAAGUCUCCUUGCAUGUCCGAGAACCUGAUGGGACAGAGAAACUGGUUUUUCGAGUGACUGCGCGGGAGAGUGAGUCUGGGAAACACGAACGGCCGGAUUCCAUCCAGAUCCUGGGCACCGCGAUCAGUGACUAUUGCAAGAAGGUUCCGAGCAGCAGCGUGACCUGCGUGACUUACCCUGUGAACAUCGCCCUGGAGGACGAGAGGGGGCAGCACGUGCAGAAGACGUCCUGGCUGGUGUGUAACAGCGUGGGGGGCCGUGGGCUCAGUGGCGAGCUGGACGUGUUGGCCGAUGAGCUGAAGUUCGUGCCGAUCAUCGGCAUAGCCAUGCCCCUGCCGAGCGGCGAGGAGGCGCCGGGUGCCACGCCGGACUUCCUGGGCAGGGCCUUCUGCUUCCUGCCCCUGCCGCCUGGGGACGAGAGCCGGACAGGGCUCCCAGUGCAUGUCAGCGGGUUCUUUGGCCUGACGGACAACCGCAGGAGCAUCAAGUGGAGGGAGCUGGACCAGUGGCGGGACCCCGCGGCCCUGUGGAACGAGUUUCUCAUCGCCAACGUCGUGCCCAAGGCCUACGCGUCCCUGGUCCUGGAUUCCAUCCGUCGCCUGGAGGCCGGGGGGCGCGCGGACCUGCUGCUGUCCAUCGAGGCCAUCUACCGGCUGUGGCCCGAGGAGCCCUGCGUACGGGCGCCCUGGAGGCCACUGCUGGAGCCGCUGCUGGCCGAGCUGCUCCCGCACGCCGUGGUCCACUCCCGCGGCGGCCGCUGGGUCCGGCCCGAGCACGCCUGCUUCUCCGAGCUGGAUGCCAGCCUGGACUACACCGACACGGUGCUCAGCUACCUGCAGGGCGCGGGGCAGCAGGUCGCCACGGUGCCAGCCCACCUGGCUGCAGCCCUGGCCCUGGGCCCGCGGCCCGUGCGGAAGGUGACGCCCGCCUGGGUGCGGCAGGUGCUGCGCAAGGCGCCCCCGUCCCCCGGGGCCCCCCACCGACUGCACCUGCUCGAGUUCGUGCUCUCUGACCGAGCCUACGGCGAGUUGCUGGGGCUCGAGCUGCUGCCGCUGCAGAAUGGUCACUUCGUCCCCUUCUCCUCAUCCGUAGCAGACCAGGAUGCUAUUUAUAUUACCUCAGAGGACUAUCCAAGGUCCCUUUUCCCAGGUCUUGAAGGAAGACUUAUUUUAGACAACUUGAAGCCUCAUCUUCUUGCUGCUUUAAAGGAAGCUGCUCAAACCCGAGGGAGACCAUGUACUCAGCUACAGCUUCUAAAUCCAGAUCGAUUUGCACGUCUUAUCAAAGAAGUAAUGAAUACAUUCUGGCCUGGCAGAGACUUGAUCGUUCAAUGGUAUCCAUUUGAUGAAAGCAAAAACCACCCAUCUGUUUCAUGGCUUAAAAUGGUUUGGAAGAAUCUCUAUAUACAUUUUUCAGAGGAUUUGUCUUCAUUUGAUGAGAUGCCUCUUAUCCCUAGAACUACACUAGAAGAAGGUCAGGCCUGUGUGGACCUCAUUAGACUCCGAAUCCCAUCAUUAGUCAUUUUAGAUGAUGUAUCUGAAGCACAGCUUCCAGAAUUUAUAGCAGACAUUGUACAAAAACUUGGAGGGAUUGUCCUUAAAAAUUUAGAUGCCUCCAUUCAGCAUCCACUUGUUAAAAAAUACCUUCAUUCACCAUUGCCAAGUGCUAUUUUGCAGAUAAUGGAGAAGAUGCCAUUGCAGAAAUUGUGUAAUCAAAUAGCUUCACUACUUCCAACACACAAAGAUGCCCUGAGGAAGUUCUUAGCAAGUUUGACUGAUAUCAGUGAAAGGGAGAAAAGAAUCAUUCAGGAAUUAACAAUAUUUAAGCGAAUUAACCAUUCAGCUGGUGAGGGAGUUUCCUCUUAUACAAAACUGAAAGGCUGUAAAGUCUUACACCAUACUGCCAAACUUCCAUCAGAUCUGAGACUCUCCAUUUCAGUCAUAGAUAGUAGUGAUGAAGCUACUAUUCGCUUGGCAAACAUGUUGAAAGUAGAAAAGUUAAAGACCACUAGUUGCUUAAAGCUUAUCUUGAAAGAUAUUGAAAAUGCAUUUUAUUCACCUGAAGAAAUAACAUAUCUUUUGUUAUGGAUCCUUGAGAAUCUAUCUUCUCUUAAAAACGAGAAUCCAAAUGUGCUUGAUUGGUUAAUGCCAUUAAAAUUCAUUCCGAUUUCUCAGGACCGGAUGCUAUCAGCCAGUGAACUAUUUGAUCCUGAUGUAGAAAUUCUAAAAGAUCUCUUUUACAAUGAAGAAGAGACUUGUUUCCCACCCACAGGUUUCACAUCACCAGAUAUUCUUCACUCUUUAAGACAGAUUGGUUUGAAAAAUGAAGCUAGUCUUAAAGAAAAAGAUAUUGUGCAAGUGGCAAAAAAAAUUGAAGUUUUACAUGUCAGUUCCUGUCCAAAUGAGGAUGUUCUGAAAAAAGCCAAAACACUCUUGUUGGUUUUGAAUAAGAAUCAUACACUGUUACAGUCUUCUGAAGGAAAGAUGACACUAAAGAAAAUAAAAUGGGUUCCAGCUUGUAAGGAAAGGCCUCCAAAUUAUCCAGGCUCUUUAGUCUGGAAAGGAGAUCUCUGUAAUCUUUGUGCACCACCAGAGAUGUGUGAUGUAUCCCAUGCAAUUCUUGUGGGUUCAUCACUACCUCUUGUUGAAAGUAUUCAUACAAAUUUAGAAAAAGCUUUAGGUAUCUUCAUAAAACCUAGUAUCAAUGCUGUCUUGAAACAUUUUAAAAUUGUUGUUGAUUGGUAUACUUCAAAAACAUUUAGUGAUGAAGACUACUAUCAAUUUCAGCAUAUUUUGCUUGAAAUUUAUGGAUUUAUGCAUGAUCACUUAAAUGAAGGGAAGGAUGCUUUCAGAGCCUUAAAAUUUCCAUGGGUUUGGACUGGCAAAAAAUUUUGUCCUCUUGCUCAAGCUGUGAUAAAACCUUUCCAUGAUCUUGAUCUUCAGCCUUAUUUGCACAGUGUGCCAAAAACUAUGGCGAAAUUCCACCAGCUGUUCAAGGCCUGUGGCUCAAUCGAGGAAUUGACAUCAGAUCACAUUUCUAUGGUCAUUCAGAAGGUAUACCUCAAAAGUGACCAAGAGCUCAGUGAACAGGAAAGUAAACAAAACCUUCAUCUUAUGUUGAAUAUUAUGAGAUGGCUAUAUAGCAAUCAGAUUCCAGCAAGCCCCAACACACCAGUUCCUAUACAUCAUAGCAAAAAUCCAUCUAAACUAAUUAUGAAACCAAUUCAUGAAUGCUGUUACUGUGACAUCAAAGUCGAUGACCUGAAUGACUUACUGGAAGAUUCAGUGGAACCAAUCAUUUUGGUGCAUGAAGAUAUACCUAUGAAAACAGCAGAAUGGCUGAAAGUUCCAUGUCUCAGUACAAGACUGAUCAAUCCUGAAAAUAUGGGAUUUGAACAGUCAGGACAAAGAGAACCACUCACUGUAAGAAUUAAAAAUAUUCUAGAAGAAUACCCUUCAGUGUCAGAUAUUUUUAAAGAAUUACUUCAGAAUGCUGAUGAUGCAAAUGCAACAGAAUGUAGUUUCAUGAUUGAUAUGAGAAGAAAUAUGGACAUUAGAGAGAAUCUUCUCGACCCAGGAAUGGCAGCUUGCCAUGGGCCUGCUUUGUGGUCAUUCAAUAAUUCUGAGUUUUCAGAUUCAGACUUUUUGAAUAUAACUAGGUUAGGAGAAUCUCUAAAAAGAGGAGAAGUUGACAAAGUUGGAAAAUUUGGCCUUGGAUUUAAUUCUGUGUAUCAUAUCACCGACAUUCCCAUCAUUAUGAGUCGAGAAUUCAUGAUAAUGUUUGAUCCAAACAUAAAUCAUAUUAGCAAGCACAUUAAAGAUAAAUCUAAUCCAGGAAUCAAAAUUAAUUGGAGUAAACAACAGAAAAGACUCAGGAAAUUUCCCAAUCAGUUCAAACCAUUUAUAGAUAUAUUUGGCUGUCAGUUGCCUUUGACAGUAGAAGCACCCUAUAGUUACAAUGGAACUCUUUUCCGACUCUCCUUUAGAACACAGCAGGAAGCAAAAGUGAGUGAAGUUAGUAGUACCUGCUACAACACAGCAGAUAUUUAUUCUCUUGUAGAUGAAUUUAGUCUGUGUGGACACAGACUUAUCAUUUUCACCCAGAGUGUAGACUCAAUGUAUUUAAAGUACUUGAAAAUUGAGGAAACUAAUCCCAACUUAGCACAGGACACAAUAAUAAUUAAAAAAAAAUCUUGCUCUUCCAAAGCACUGACUGAACCUGUCUUGAGUGUUUUAAAAGAAGCUGCUAAGCUCAUGAAGACUUGCAAUGGCAGUAAUAAAAAGCUCCCCUCGGAUGCACCAAAGUCAUGUUGCAUUCUUCAGAUCACAGUUGAGGAAUUUCACCAUGUAUUCAGAAGGAUUGCUGACUUACAGUCACCGCUAUUUAGAGGUCCAGAUGAUGACCCAGCUGCUCUCUUUGAAAUGGCCAAGUCUGGCCAAUCAAAAAAACCACCAGAUGAGUUGCCACAAAAAACAAUUGAUUGUACCACAUGGCUUAUAUGUACCUGCAUGGAUACUGGAGAGGCUCUGAAGUUUUCCCUGAGUGAAAGUGGACGCAGGCUAGGACUGGUUCCUUGUGGAGCAGUAGGAGUUCUGCUCUCUGAAAUCCAGAACCAGAAGUGGACAGUGAAACCACAUGUGGGAGAGGUAUUUUGCUAUUUACCUCUACGAAUAAAAACUGGAUUGCCAGUUCACAUCAAUGGAUGCUUUGCUGUUACUUCAAAUAGAAAAGAAAUCUGGAAGACAGACACAAAAGGACGAUGGAACACAACCUUCAUGAGGCAUGUGAUUGUGAAAGCAUACUUAGAGGCGCUCUGUGUCCUACGUGAUUUGGCCAUCAAUGGGGAACUAAUAGACUAUACUUACUAUGCAGUGUGGCCUGAUCCUGACUUAGUUCAUGAUGACUUUUCUAUAAUAUGUCAUGGACUUUAUGAAGACAUAGCUCAUGGAAAAGGGAAAGAAUUAACCAGAGUCUUCUCUGAUGGAUCGACAUGGGUUUCCAUGAAGAAUGUGAGAUUUCUAGAUGACUCUAUACUUAAAAGAAAAGAUGUUGGUCCAGCAGCCUUUAAGAUAUUUUUGAAAUACCUCAAAAAAACUGGCUCAAGAAACCUAUGUGCUGUUGAACUUCCAUCUUCAGUAAAACUGGGAUUUGAAGAAGCAGGGUGCAAACAGAUACUUCUUGAAAAUACAUUCUCAGAAAAACAGUUUUUUUCAGAAGUAUUUUUCCCAAAUAUUCAAGAAAUAGAAGCAGAACUCAGAGAUCCUUUAAUGAAUUAUGUUUUAAAUGAAAAAGUUGAUGAAUUUGCGGUAAUUCUUCGUGUCACUCCAUGUAUUCCUUGCUCUCUUGAAGGGCAUCCUUUGGUUUUGCCAUCAAGAUUAAUUCAUCCCGAGGGGCGAGUUGCAAAGUUAUUUGAUAUGAGUGAUGGACGGUUUCCAUAUGGUUCUACUCAGGACUAUCUUAAUCCAAUAAUUUUGAUUAAACUAGUUCAAUUAGGUAUGGCAAAAGAUGAUAUUUUAUGGGAUGACAUGCUAGAACGUGCAGAGUCAGUAGCUGAAAUUAAUAGAAGUGAUCAUGUUGCUGCUUGUCUAAGAAGUAGUAUACUGAUUAGUCUUAUUGAUGAAAAACUAAAAAUAAGGGAUCCUAGAGCCAAGGAUUUUGCAACAAGAUAUCAAACAAUUCCAUUCCUUCCAUUUCUAACAAAACCAGCAGGUUUUUCUUUGGAUUGGAAAGGCAACAGUUUUAAGCCAGAAACCAUGUUUGCUGCAACUGACCUUUAUACGUCUGAACAUCAAGAUACAGUUUGUCUUUUGCAACCAAUUCUAAAUGAAAAUUCACAUUCUUUCAAAGGUUGUGGUUCAGUGCCUUUGGCUGUUAAAGAGUUUUUGGGAUUAUUAAGAAAGCCAACAGUGGAUCUGGUUGUAAACCAAUUGAAAGAAGUCGCAAAAUCAGUUGAUGAUGGAAUAACAUUGUACCAGGAGAAUAUCACGAAUGCUUGCUACAAAUAUCUUCAUGAAGCAAUGAUGCAAAGUGAAACCACUAAGAUAGCUGUUGCUGAAAAGUUAAAAACCUUUAGCUUUAUUCUAGUUGAGAAUGCAUAUGUUGAUUCAGAAAAAGUUUCAUUUCAUUUGAAUUUUGAAGCAGCGCCCUAUCUUUAUCAGUUGCCCAAUAAAUAUAAAAAUAAUUUCCGUGAACUUUUUGAGAGUGUGGGUGUUAGACAGUCAUUUUCUGUUGAAGAUUUUGCCUUUGUUUUGGAAUCUAUUGAUCAAGAAAAGGGAAAACAGAAAAUAACAGAAGAAAAAUUUCAGCUUUGCCGGCGAAUAAUUAGUGAAGGAAUAUGGAGCCUCAUAAGAGAGAAGAAACAAGAAUUUUGUGAGAAAAAUUAUGGCAAAAUAUUAUUGCCAGAUACUAACCUUAAGCUUCUCCCUGCUAAAUCUUUAUGCUACAAUGAUUGUCCUUGGAUAAAAGUAAAGGACACCACUGUAAAAUACUGUCAUGCUGACAUACCCCGGGAAGUAGCUGUAAAACUAGGAGCAGUACCAAAGCGACAUAAAGCCUUGGAGAGAUAUGCAUCCAACAUCUGUUUUACAACCCUUGGCACUGAAUUUGGACAGAAAGAAAAACUGACUAGCAGAAUUAAAAGUAUCCUUAAUGCCUAUCCUUCAGAAAAAGAAAUGUUGAAAGAACUUCUUCAAAAUGCUGAUGAUGCAAAGGCCACAGAAAUCUGUUUUGUUUUUGAUCCUAGACAGCACCCAGUUGACAGAAUAUUUGACGACAAGUGGGCCCCACUGCAAGGACCAGCACUUUGUGUGUAUAACAACCAGCCUUUCACAGAAGAUGAUGUCAAGGGAAUUCAGAACCUUGGAAAAGGCACCAAAGAAGGAAACCCUUAUAAAACUGGACAGUAUGGAAUCGGGUUCAAUUCUGUCUAUCACAUUACAGACUGCCCUUCUUUCAUUUCUGGCAAUGACAUCCUGUGUAUUUUUGAUCCCCAUGCCAGAUAUGCACCAGGAGCUACAUCUGUUAGUCCUGGGCGCAUGUUUAGAGAUUUGGACGCAGAUUUCAGGACACAGUUCUCAGAUGUUCUGGAUCUUUACUUGGGAACACAUUUUAAACUGGAUAAUUGCACAAUGUUCAGAUUUCCUCUUCGUAAUGCAGACAUGGCAAAGGUUUCAGAAAUUUCCUCAGUUCCAUCAUCAGAUAGAAUGGUUCAGAAUCUUUUGGACAAACUGAGGUCAGAUGGUGCAGAACUUUUAAUGUUUCUUAAUCACAUGGAGAAGAUUUCAAUUUGUGAAAUAGACAAAGCUUCUGGAGCUCUAAAUGUGCUGUAUUCUGUAAAGGGAAAGAUCACUGAUGGGGAUAGGCUGAAAAGGAAACAAUUUCACGCCUCUGUAAUUGAUAGUGUUACUAAAAAGAGGCAACUGAAAGACAUACCAGUUCAACAGAUAACCUAUACUAUGGAUACUGAGGACUCUGAAGGAAAUCUUACAACAUGGCUAAUUUGUAAUAGAUCAGGUUUUUCAAGCAUGGAAAAAGUAUCUAAGAGUGUAAUAUCAGCUCACAAGAACCAAGAUAUUACUCUCUUCCCGCGUGGUGGGGUGGCUGCUUGCAUCACUCACAAUUAUAAGAAGCCCCACAGGGCCUUCUGCUUCCUGCCCCUCUCUCUAGAGACAGGGCUCCCCUUUCACGUGAAUGGCCACUUUGCUCUGGACUCAGCCAGAAGAAAUUUGUGGCGUGAUGAUAAUGGGGUUGGUGUUCGAAGUGACUGGAACAACAGUUUAAUGACAGCACUAAUAGCCCCUGCAUAUGUUGAAUUACUAAUUCAGUUAAAAAAACGGUAUUUUCCUGGUUCUGACCCAACACUAUCAGUUUUACAGAACACGUCUAUUCAUGUUGUAAAGGAUACUCUAAAGAAAUUUUUGUCAUUUUUCCCUGUUAAUAGACUUGAUUUACAGCCCGAUCUGUAUUGUCUAGUGAAAGCGCUUUAUAGUUGCAUUCAUGAAGAUAUGAAACGUCUGUUACCAGUUGUACGGGCCCCAAACAUUGAUGGUUCUGAUUUGCAUGCUGCAGUUAUAAUUACUUGGAUCAAUAUGUCUACUUCAAAUAAAACUAGGCCAUUUUUUGACAAUUUACUGCAGGAUGAAUUACAACACCUUAAAAAUGCAGAUUAUAAUAUCACAACACGCAAAACUGUGGCAGAGAAUGUAUAUAGACUGAAACAUCUCCUUUUAGAAAUUGGCUUCAACUUGGUUUAUAACUGUGAUGAAACUGCUAAUUUGUACCACUGUCUUAUAGAUGCAGACAUCCCUGUUAGUUAUGUGACUCCUGCUGAUGUUCGAGCCUUUUUAAUGACAUUUUCUUCUCCUGAUACUAAUUGCCAUAUUGGAAAGCUGCCUUGUCGUCUCCAGCAGACUAACCUAAAACUUUUUCAUAGUUUAAAACUUUUAGUUGAUUACUGUUUCAAAGAUGCAGAAGAAAAUGAUAUUGAAGUGGAAGGACUGCCUCUUCUCAUUACACUGGACAGUGUUUUACAAACUUUCGAUGCCAAAAAACCCAAGUUUCUAACAACAUACCAUGAGUUGAUUCCAUCUCGAAAAGAUCUGUUCAUGAAUACAUUGUAUUUGAAAUACAGUAAUAUUUUAUUAAACAGUAAGGUUGCUAAAGUAUUUGACAUUUCCAGCUUUGCUGAUUUGCUUUCUUCUGUAUUGCCUCGUGAAUAUAAGACCAAAAAUUGUACUAAGUGGAAAGACAAUUUUGCAAAUGAGUCUUGGCUUAAGAAUACAUGGCAUUUUAUCAGUGAAUCUGUAAGUAUGAAAGAAGAUCAAGAGGAAUCAAAACCAACAUUUGACAUUGUUGCUGAUACUCUGAAAGACUGGGCAUUGCUUCCAGGAACAAAGUUUACUGUUUCAGCCAACCAGCUUGUAGUUCCUGAGGGUGAUGUUCUGCUUCCUCUAAGCCUCAUGCAUAUUGCAGUGUUUCCAAAUGCUCAAAGUGAUAAAGUAUUCCAUGCUCUCAUGAAAGCUGGCUGUGUUCAGCUUGCUUUGAACAAAAUCUGCUCCAAGGACAGUGCAUUUGUUCCUCUGUUGGCAUGUCACACAGCCAACAUAGAAAGUCCCACAAGCAUUUUGAAAGCUCUUCAAUAUAUGGUUCAAACUUCAACAUUUAGAACUGAAAAAUUAGUAGAACAUGACUUUGAAGCACUUUUGAUGUAUUUCAACUGUAAUUUGGGUCACUUGAUGUCACAAGAUGACAUCAAAAUUCUGAAGUCACUUCCAUGCUACAGAUCCAUCAGUGGCCGCUAUAUGAGCAUCGCAAAAUUUGGAACAUGCUAUGUACUUACAAAAAGUAUUCCUUCAACUGAAGUAGAAAAAUGGACACAAUCAUUGUCCUCUGCAUUUCUGGAAGAAAAAAUACAUUUAAAAGAACUAUAUGAGGUGCUUGGUUGUGUCCCUGUAGAUGAUCUUGAAGUAUAUUUAAAACAUCUCUUACCAAAAAUUGAAAAUCUCUCUUAUGAUGCAAAAUUAGAGCACUUGAUCUAUCUUAAGACUAGGUUAUCAAGUAUUGAGGAAUCAUCAGAAAUCAAGGAACAACUUUUUGAGAAACUAGAAAGUAUAUUAGUAAUUCAUGAUGCUAAUAAUCGAUUAAAGCAAGCAAAACAUUUCUAUGAUAGAACUGUGAGAGUUUUUGAGGUUAUGCUUCCUGAAAAAUUUUUUAUUCCUAAGGACUUCUUUAAAAAAUUGGAACAGCUUAUAAAACCCAAAAAUCAAGUUGCAUUUAUGACAUCCUGGGUAGAGUUCUUAAGGAAUAUUGGAUUAAAAUACAUACUUUCUCAGCAGCAGUUGUUACAGUUUGCUAAGGAAAUCAGUGUGAGAGCCAAUACUGAAAACUGGUCUAAAGAAACAUUGCAAAAUACAGUCGAUAUUCUUCUCUACCAUAUCUUCCAAGAACGAAUGGAUUUGUUAUCUGGAAACUUUCUGAAAGAACUUUCUUUAAUACCAUUUUUAUGUCCUGAGCGGGCCCCCGCUGAAUUCAUUAGAUUUCACCCUCAAUAUCAAGAGGUAAACGGAACACUUCCUCUCAUAAAAUUCAAUGGAGCACAAGUAAAUCCAAAAUUCAAGCAGUGUGAUGUGCUCCAGCUGUUAUGGACAUCCUGCCCUAUUCUCCCAGAGAAAGCCACUCCAUUGACUAUCAAAGAACAAGAAGGCAGUGACCUUGGUCCACAAGAACAGCUUGAACAAGUUUUAAGUAUGCUUAAUGUUAACUUGGAUCCUCCUCUUGAUAAGGUCAUUAACAACUGCAGAAACAUAUGCAACAUAACAACUUUAGAUGAAGAAAUGGUAAAAACAAGAGCAAAAGUCUUACGGAGCAUAUAUGAAUUUCUCAGUGCAGACAAAAGGGAGUUUCGUUUUCAACUGCGGGGGGUUGCUUUUGUGAUGGUGGAAGAUGGUUGGAAACUUCUUAAGCCUGAGGAGGUCGUGAUAAAUUUGGAGUAUGAAUCUGAUUUUAAACCUUAUUUGUAUAAGCUACCUUUAGAACUAGGCACCUUUCAUCAGUUGUUCAAACUUUUAGGAACUGAAGAUGUUAUUUCAACUAAGCAGUAUGUUGAAGUGUUGAGCCGCAUAUUCAAAAAUUCAGAAGGAAAACAACUGGAUCCCAAUGAAAUGCGUACAGUGAAGAGAGUAGUUUCAGGCUUAUUCAAGAGUCUACAAAACGAUUCAGUCAAGGUGAGGAGUGAUCUUGAGAAUGUACGAGAUCUUGCACUCUACCUUCCAAGUCAGGAUGGCAGAUUAGUAAAAUCAAGUAUUUUAGUGUUUGAUGAUGCACCACAUUACAAAAGCAGAAUCCAGGGGAAUAUUGGUGUGCAAAUGUUGGUUGACCUUAGCCAGUGCUACUUAGGAAAAGACCAUGGAUUUCAUACUAAGUUGAUAAUGCUUUUUCCUCAAAAACUUAGGCCUCGUUUAUUGAGCAGUAUACUUGAAGAACAGUUAGAUGAAGAGACUCCCAAAGUAUGUCAGUUUGGAGCACUGUGUUCUCUUCAGGGUAGACUGCAGUUACUCUUAUCUUCUGAACAGUUCAUCACAGGUCUGAUUAGAAUUAUGAAGCAUGAAAAUGAUAACGCUUUCCUAGCAAAUGAAGAAAAAGCCAUAAGACUUUGCAAAGCCCUAAGAGAAGGAUUGAAAGUGUCCUGUUUUGAAAAGCUUCAAACAACACUAAGAGUUAAAGGUUUUAAUCCCAUUCCCCAUAGCAGAAGUGAAACUUUCGCUUUUUUGAAGAGAUUUGGUAAUGCAGUAAUUCUGCUGUAUAUACAGCAUUCAGACAGUAAAGACAUUAACUUCUUACUAGCAUUAGCAAUGACACUUAAGUCAGCAACUGAUAAUUUGAUAUCUGACACUUCGUAUUUAAUUGCUAUGCUAGGAUGCAAUGAUAUUUACAGGAUCAGUGAGAAACUUGACAGUUUAGGAGUGAAAUAUGACUCUUCAGAACCAUCAAAGCUUGAACUUCCAAUGCCUGGCACUCCGAUACCUGCUGAAAUUCAUUAUACUCUGCUCAUGGAUCCAAUGAAUGUUUUUUACCCAGGAGAAUAUGUAGGAUAUCUUGUCGAUGCUGAAGGUGGUGAUAUCUAUGGAUCAUAUCAGCCAACAUAUACCUAUGCAAUUAUCGUACAAGAAGUUGAAAGAGAAGAUGCUGAUAAUUCUAGUUUUCUAGGAAAGAUAUAUCAGAUUGAUAUUGGUUAUAGUGAAUAUAAAAUAGUUAGCUCCCUUGACCUGUAUAAAUUUUCAAGACCUGAAGAAAGCUCUCAAAGCAGAGACAGUGCUCCCUCCACACCCACCAGCCCUACAGAGUUCCUUGUCCCUGGCUUGCGAAGCAUUCCUCCCCUUUUCUCAGCAAGAGAGAGCCAAAAGACCCCUUCUUCCAAGCAUCACUCCCCCAAAAAACUUAAAGUGAAUUCUUUACCAGAGAUUUUAAAAGAAGUGACAUCAGUAGUGGAGCAAGCUUGGAAGUUGCCAGAAUCUGAGAGAAAGAAGAUUAUUCGACGGUUGUAUUUGAAAUGGCACCCAGACAAAAACCCAGAGAAUCACGAUAUUGCUAAUGAAGUGUUUAAACAUUUGCAAAAUGAGAUUAACAGAUUAGAGAAGCAGGCCUUUCUAGAUCAAAAUACAGACAGGACUUCAAGGCGAACAUUUUCAAGCUCAGCGUCCCGAUUUCAGUCUGACAAAUACUCAUUCCAAAGAUUUUACACUUCAUGGAAUCAAGAAGCAACAAGUCACAAAUCUGAAAGGCAACAACAAAAUAAAGAAAAAUGCCCUCCGACAGCUGGACAGACUUACUCUCAAAGGUUCUUUGUUCCUCCUACUUUCAAGUCGGUUGGUAAUCCAGUCGAAGCACGUAGAUGGUUAAGACAAGCCAGAGCCAAUUUUUCAGCUGCCAGGAAUGAUCUUCAUAAGAAUGCCAAUGAAUGGGUGUGCUUUAAAUGCUACCUUUCUACCAAGUUAGCUCUGAUUGCUGCAGACUAUGCUGUGAGAGGGAAAUCUGAUAAAGAUGUGAAACCAACUGCCCUUGCACAAAAAAUAGAGGAGUAUAGUCAGCAGCUUGAAGGACUAACAAAUGAUGUCCAUACAUUGGAAGCAUAUGGUGUAGACAGUUUAAAAACGAGAUACCCUGAUUUACUUCCUUUCCCACAGAUCCCAAAUGACAGGUUCACUUCAGAGGUAGCUAUGAGGGUGAUGGAAUGUACUGCCUGUAUCAUAAUAAAACUUGAAAAUUUUAUACAACAAAAAGUAUGAAGGUAUGAAUGGAAAAGGAAAACACAGAUCUUGAAUGUGUUGUAGUGCAGAAGUGAAUUGCUGUUUGCAGUGUGAAAGUUUCAUUACCACUUACUUAGUAGUUGUGAAGCACAUUGAAAAUGGUUUGGGAAUAAAUUUUUGAGUUGUAAUUAACAUGGAGAGAAGUAGAAAUUCUUAAACUAAAAAUAUAUUUUGAAGAUAGUGAACUGACAAAAUCACAGUACGCGUUGGAAUGGCUCAGAUGGAACUUUAUUGAGCUGUACCUUAUAGAACCAAAAACUUAGCAGUUUGCAAGAUGAGUCUAUGUAGGUCUCAUGGUAUUUUUGGAGGAGCUAGUGAAACACUGGACAUAUCAUUGGUCUACACAUGUAAAAGAUAUGAAGACUUUGGAGUUAGUAAGUUUUUAAGUGGAUCAAUUUUGAAUAUAUUAUCAGCUGGACCUGAUUAUGAAUUUGCUGCAAGUUUACAUCUUAAAGACUACAUUUAAAAAUGGUACAAUAUUUUAAUCCUGAAUAAUACUUGAUUAAGAGUAUGCAGAUAGUACAUAGGGUGCACUGAGUGCACUUUACAUCCUUAUUUGAAAUUUUAAAAUAUCUUAUGUUUACAGGAUUCCUAUUUCAUGAAGGUAAUAUGGAAAUUUAAAAUGGUGGCAGAUCUCUCUUAUCAUCAGAUGUUAGCAUUACUCUGAUGACUGCAUACCAAAACACAGGUCAACCCUUAUAACAUUACAUUUGCUUUCUGUUUGUGAACAUAUUUCUGUUGUAUACAUAUUUUCCACAAAUAUUGUAUUUGUAAAGUGUGGUUGAACAGAAUGUAAUCUUUUGUUGUCUAAAGGUGCUGCAGUUAAAAACUUUUUUCCCACAUGGCACUUACUGGAUUUUUUUUUUACUUUGAAAAUAUUAAAUGGCAAAAUUAUUAUGAAAAUAUCCAGUAGUUUGUGAAAGAAAAAGAAUCAGCUUGUAUUUUCCCCAUGAGUGAUUCAGAACUGACAUUUAAUUUUCAUCAUGUUUGAGUGUCAUACUUAUUUAAUAUAUUACUUUUACAGGAUGUAAAAGGUAUUGGUUUAUAUAAGUGUGCUUCUGUAAAUUAUGCUAAAUGUAUUUUAUGCAAUUAAGGGCUUAUGGAAUAUGUCAUCACUUUUUUACUUUUGUUGGUAAUAAAGAAUGUUGCACAUCUACUAUUGUAUCGCUUCUGGAUGUGAAGCCAUGUAAUUAUAUCUGCUAUUAAGUGCCAUAAUUUUAAUAUUAAUAAAGCAAAUGUACAUAUGAAAUCACUGUAACUGAUAUUUCCUGAAAAAUAGUUCAUUAAAACUCAAAUGUUGUCCGUUUCUAUAUUUAGUUUUGACAUGUGUAUGUAUUUGUUGAUUAGAAGUAUUAAAAUAGAAUUGAUCUAUGCUAAGUUUAUUAGCUGCA